AUGUCCUACCAUCAGCUUGUCGAGAACCAACGUGCUUACUGGAGAAGUGGAGCCUUGAACUCCCUUGAGGAGCGCAAGAAGAUUCUUACUACCUACAAGAAUCUUAUCCAAACUCAUGCUAAGGAAAUCACUGAUGCCAUCUACACUGAUCUUCACCGUAUCAGUACCGAACCUGAUCACCUUGUUCGUGAAAUCGAUAGUGCAAUCGCUAACCUCGAGAGUUGGGCUGCCCCAAUCAAGGUUUCCACCGCUCCAUUCACUGGAACUGAUGAUCAAGCUUUCGUAUACAGAGAAGGAUACGGAGUCGUUCUCGUUAUUGCUCCAUGGAACUUCCCCUUGAUCUGUUCCGGACCAUCUGUUUCUGCCUUCGCUGCUGGAAACACUGUUGUCCUCAAGCUGUCCGAAGUUGCUCCAACUUUCUCAUCUGUCUUCGCUCGUUUGGUCAACCAAACCUUCGACCCCAGAGUGUUUGUGGCUGUUGAAGGAGCUGUCCCAGAAGUGACUUCUCUCUUGGAGGAGAAAUUCGACUAUAUCAUGUACACCGGUAACCCAAAUGUUGGAAGAAUCAUCAUGUCUGCUGCUUCCAAGAACUUGACUCCAGUUACUUUGGAACUCGGAGGAAAGAACCCUGUUUUGGUUGAGCCUGAUGCAGAUCUUGACGAUGCCGCCAAGAAAAUCGUCUUCGCUAAGACUCUCAACUGUGGACAAAUCUGUAUUUCUGCUGAUUACGUUUUAACCACUGCUGAAAUCAGACCAAAGCUUAUUGCUGCUAUCAAGAAGGUCUACGACUCCAUGCUUCCAUUGAAGCAGAAUCAAGAAUUCGCUAGAAUCGUUCACGAGCGUCAUUUCGACCGUUUAUCAAACAUCUUAAGUAACACAAAGGGAGAAAUCUUCAGCAUGUCCGAUGAAUCUGCUGAUAGAACAGAGAAAUUUUUGCCACCAGCAGUCAUUGCCAUCGAGCAAGAUGAUGUUUUCAUGAACGAAGAAAUCUUCGGACCCUACUUGCCAAUUAUUGUUUCCCCAAGCUUCGAAGAAUCUGUUAAAUUUGUUGUUGAACGUGAGAAGCCAUUAGGAGCUUACAUCUUCACCAAGGACCAAGAGAAGGCAAAGAAAUUCGUUGCUUUAACAUCCAGCGGUGGAGUUACUAUCAACGAUGUCAUGGCACAUGGUUUCUUACACUGCGCUCCAUUCGGUGGUGUCGGAAACAGUGGUAUGGGACGACUCAACUUGAAAUACGGUUUUGAUACUUUCACUCAUGAGAAGGCUGUUUUAGUUAGAAACGGACUCUCAAUCUGA